UCUUUUUUCUAUCUACCAAAAAAAAAAAAAACUCUUUUUUUUUUCCUGAGUUUCAGAAUCUUAAUUUUGAUUUCUGCUAUCUGAUUAUCAUUGAAUUUGGGUGAGGAAACCAUGAACUAGAAUUUGGUCUCUCUUUUUUUUGUUUAAUUAUUUAUGCCAACCAGAACUUUGGAGUUGUAAAUGGCUUCCAUUGUAACAAGCUUGCCGCCACCAUUGCUGCUCCAUGGUAGAAAAUCACAUCCAGGAAUCUUCCAAAGUUGCCCUAUUUCUCUUCUUGCAGGUAGACGGAAUCAUGCUGCUUUUGUUGUGAAGGCUUCUGGAGAAAGUUCUGAAUCUUCAACUUCCCUUACUAUUUUGAAGUCUGUUCAGAAUGUUUGGGAUAAACCUGAGGACCGGCUGGGACUUAUUGGUUUGGGCUUUGCUGCUAUAGUAGCAGUUUGGGCAUCAGCAAAUUUGAUCACGGCCAUUGACAAAUUGCCAGUUAUCCCAACUACACUGGAAUUAAUUGGAAUACUUUUCUCCGUGUGGUUUACUUAUCGCUAUCUCUUAUUCAAGCCAGACCGGGCAGAGCUUUUUCAAAUCUUGAACAAGUCAGUAUCAGAUAUCUUGGGCCAGUAAGAUGGGCUGCCAAAAUGUUACACUAGAUUGUGAUUUUAAGUACAGAUUCUCAGCGGCAAAAGUUGUUAUUUAUUUUGUUUAAGACCACUAUAUUACAUCAAUGAGUUAAAUCUUACGUCUA